UUACAUUUAACAUUUUUUAUUCACUGUAUUUUUUUUAUUUCUGAAACAUGUAUAAUCCCGCCGUUACGGUAAAACGUAUAGACGUUUUAAUUCGUAUUUUAAAUGGUCGUAAAACAAUUAUUACACCUAAUUGUGUUCGUGGAUACACCAGUGAGGGAAAAGUAACUAUCGGGAAUAUAAGCAAAAAAGUAAAACCAGCAAAAAAACUGCAAUAUGUUCCAAAAAAAUACUUAUCAUUUGAUGGAGAAGAUUUAAAGUUUUUAUCCCAAAGCACACUUCGUAACUUAAGAUGGAUGAUGCAGAAGGAUAUUCUCGGCCAGGAUAUGUUUCUUCUUGGCAGACCUGGACCAAGCAGGAGAAAAGUUGCAUUGCAAUAUUUGGAGCUUACCCAAAGAGAGCUGGAGUAUGUUGCUUUAUCCAGAGAUACCACUGAAGCUGACCUCAAACAGAGGAGAGAGAUUGAGAAAUCUACGGCCAAAUAUUUCGACCAGAGUGCUGUAAGAGCUGCAAUAGAAGGCCGAGUGUUGGUUAUAGAGGGUAUCGAGAAAGCAGAAAGAAAUGUGUUGCCAGUAUUAAAUAAUCUACUAGAGAACAGGGAGAUGCAUUUAGAAGAUGGGAGAUUUCUUGUACCUGCAGCCAGAUAUGACAAGUUGCUAGAGGAACACGGCAAAGAAGAAAUUUCAAAAUGGCGUCUUGUGCGCGUAGACGAGGCUUUCCGUGUGAUCGCGCUAGGUCUGCCCGUGCCGCGCUACACGGGCCAGCCGCUCGACCCGCCGCUGCGCUCGCGGUUCCAGGCGAGAGACGUCGCCACUGUCGGCUAUGGGGAGCACCUUGCGACCCUCACCUCAGAACUGCCCCGUGUGGACAGCAACAAACUGGAGCGGGUCCUCUCUGCUGCAUAUGCCCUCACCAGCACCGAGCUGCAGCAGAUCAGCUUGCCAGACUUCCCUAUUGACAACUUGCACGCCGCAGCUGCUAUCUUGGAAAAAGUACCGAAUAUACCUGUCCACAAGCUUCUUUACUACCUCUACCCGUACAACUCAUUUCUAUCCAAAGACCACGUGAAGAACGUAAAAGAUAUCUUUGCUAAUCUCAACGUAGAUACGGAAGAAAAAUGCAAUAUAGUGCUCAAAGAUAUAAAACGAAAGGAGAAUAAAGCAGACGUUGUUCUAGAAGUGAAUGGGGUGAAGUCAGAACUGACUGUUCCUUGUGGAAGAAGAAGAGAACAGAAGGCAGCGAAAAAGUUCGUAAGAACCGACUUCCAAACUCAACUUCUGAAUGAGCUGCUUUUGAGUCACAGUGUAGGAGACUUUUGUAUUGUUGGCCCAAAAGGCUGCGGCAAGAGCCUUCUCGUCUCGCAACUAUCGUCCCUAUUAGGUUACGCCGUAGAGCCGAUAGUCCUGUACCAGGACAUGACGGCUCGGGACCUUGUGCAGCAGAGAACCACCCUGGAGAAUGGAGACACGGUGUGGAGGAACUCGGCGCUGGUGGAAGCGGCGCUGCACGGGCAUAUGGCGGUAUUAGAUGGGCUACAUAGAAUACACGCUAGUACAUUGGCCGUGUUGCAUAGGCUAGUCCACGACCGCGAGCUGCAGCUUCACGACGGCACUCGUAUGCUCCGUCACGACAGAUACGACGACCUCGUCGCCUCUGGCCUCUCACCACAGGAGUUAGACGAGAGCGGGGUGAAGAGGAUACAUCCAGCUUUCAGAAUAGUGGCUCUAGCGGAGCCUCCCACCACAGGGCGUGGCCAACAGUGGCUGUCCCCGGAAAUACUGAGCCUCUUCGUCUUCCACGAGAUGAGGAACCUGAGUAAGGACGAGGAGAUAUUCAUUAUUGAGAGCCUUUACGGCAACAUUUCCAAACCGAUGCAUUCCAUUAUCAAUUUGGCGGAUCAGCUGCGGAAAUCUGACGACAGCACACUGAAGAACCUCUCUUCUUCACUAUCCACACGACAGCUGCUAAGAAUAGCCAGUAGAAUGGCCAAAUAUCCCACGGAUACCGCGUAUGUGACCAUACAGAGGACUUUCCUAGCUAAAUUCCUUCCGAAUCUCGCCAGAAGAGCUUUAGAUGGGGCCUGCCAAAAAAUGGACAUAGAACCACCAUUCAGAUUUGGUCACAACCGACCCGAGAAGAUACUGCCUUGUUCAGUUCAAAACGGAACGCUCACUAUCGGCAAAACUUCUAUAGAAGUGUUCAAAACGGAUGCCCUAACUAAGGUCCCAGAUAUACUCUUCUAUGACGUACCACAGCAUAUAGAACUUCUAGAGUGGUUACUCCAAGACUUUUUGCUCGGAAACCAUCUCCUGCUAGUCGGUAACCAAGGAGUGGGCAAGAAUAAGAUAGCAGACAGGUUGCUUCAACUUCUGAACCGUCCCAGAGAGUAUAUCCAACUGCAUAGGGACACAACUGUCCAGUCUUUGACGGUACAACCGACGGUACAAGAUGGUGUAGUUAUAUACGAAGAUUCCCCUCUGGUUAAGGCUGUCAAAAACGGUCAUGUUUUGGUGGUAGAUGAAGCGGAUAAGGCGCCAACUCAUGUGACUUGUAUCCUCAAGACGCUGGUAGAAGAUGGGGAGAUGAUACUGAGUGAUGGCAGAAGAAUUGUGCCCAAACACAUGCUGGAUAGUUCUGCUGGAGACAUCUCCAGUUUCAUUCCUGUGCACGAUGACUUUAGAAUGAUUGUGUUGGCAAACAGACCAGGGUUCCCGUUUCUGGGCAACGACUUUUUCGCAUCUUUGGGUGAUCUAUUCUCCUGCCACGCGGUAGACAACCCGUCGAUCGACUCGGAGCUAACCCUGCUACGGUCAUACGGGCCCGACGUACCAUAUGACGUCAUGAGGAAGCUUGUCCAGGCAUUCGCGAUGUUAAGAGAUAUGGCAGACCAGGGACAGCUUACGUAUCCCUACUCUACGAGGGAGUUGGUGAAUAUUGUUAAGCAUUUACAGAGAUAUCCAGAAGAAGAUCUAGCCACGGCCAUCGGUAACGUGUUCGAUUUCGACCGCUACAGUAAGGACACGGCGGACACAUUACUCGAAGUGUUACACACCACGGGUCUGCCCACAGAGGGCGUGCUAGAGGGACGGUCUAAGGAGGCGUUAAAACGGAUACAGAUGACCAUUGAAAGGACUAGCGGUAAAGACGUAUCAUCCCCCAAGCACGGCAAAGAGGACCCAAAGAACGAGCCCCACGUGGGCGGCAACACGUGGGCGGGCGGCACGGGCGGGCGGGACACCGCGGGCUUGGGCGGCAAGGGCGGGCCCUACAGGCUGGAUAAGGGACACGAUGUGCACCAGCUAUCAGACGCGGAGAAGGACGACAUACCGGAGCACGUGAAGAAGGCGGCGCGGGAGAUGAACAGGAAGGCGUUUGAGGAGCGACUGCGUGAGAUCAACAUGAGCGAGUACGACGCCAAGCUGUACGGGCAGUUCCUGAAGGCGGUGCAGCCGCAGAUCGGAGCGCUACGCGGCGUGCUGGCGGAGUUGCAGGCUAAGAAGAAGGAGCGGCAGUGGGGCCGACACCAGACCAGCGGGGAACUGGAUGACGCUAAGAUCGUUGAAGGUAUAACGGGCGAGCGCGCCAUCUACAGGCGGCGCGUGGAGGAGGAACCCCCGCCGGGCUCACCACCAGACAAGCCCAAACGACUGAGAGUGGUCGUAGACGUGUCGGGGAGUAUGUACAGGUUCAACUCGUACGACGGUCGUCUCGAACGUUCUAUGGAGGCCGUAGUUCUUCUAAUGGAAGCGCUUCGCGGGUACGAAGCGAGGAUCCGCUACGAUAUAAUCGGUCACUCGGGUGAGGAGCACGCUUUAGAACUUGUGAGGGUGGACAGACCACCGGAGAACGAGAAACAGAGGCUACAGAUAAUCCGCACGAUGCACGCGCACGCUCAGUUCUGCUGGUCGGGCGACAACACGCUGGCGGCGGCGCAGCACGCCGUCACGCAGCUCGCGGCCGAAGAUGCCGACGACGCGAUUGUGCUGCUGCUAUCUGACGCCAAUCUCAGGAGAUACGGCAUCCCGCCAGAGCGGCUAGGAACCAUCCUCGUGUCUGAGCCGCGAGUACAGGCGCAUGCUCUGUUCAUAGGGAGUUUGGGAGACGAAGCCAAUAUGUUGCUGCGUCGUCUGCCGGCUGGCCACGGUCACGUGUGCUCCGACGUGUCGCAGCUACCGCACAUCUUGCAGCAGAUCUUCGCUGCGUCGCUGUUGCAGACAGAUUAGAAGAAAG